AAAGCGCCCGGGGAACUGCUCGGGGACAGAGCUCUCCGCCGUGAAUAACUUAGCCAAUUAAGGGCAUCAGGCGUCGAGUGCGCGGCUUUCCAAGCCGGACUCAGUCACUUGGCGUCGCUCGGCGAUAUCGGCAGCAGCAUGUCCAAGCCGCAGCCCACACUGGAGGUGGUUCCGAAGAAACCCGGACAGGAUGCUUCAGACCCAUCGAAGUCGACGGAGGAGGGCCAGCUGGACGCGAUCAUCGUUGAGAUCGGCCAGUGCGGUCGUUUUCAGAUCUUCAACUACCUUCUGCUCUGCCUGCCGAUCAUCUGCAACGCCUUUUACUCCAUUUCCUUCGUAUUCACAGCCGGUGAUGUGGCCCACAGAUGCAAUAUCACUCAGUGCGAUAGCUUGGACACCAGCUAUGACGAAGCCUUCCUCAACUUCUCUACCCCGCAACGCCUCGGGAACUGGGAUCAGUGCCAGCACUUCGCCGUGAGAUCGGAUCUUAUGGGUGAAUCUUCGUGCAACGCCAGCAGUUUCGACUCGACUCAGCGAGUCGACUGUGAUGCGGGCUAUAAGUUGAGAAACGACGAUAAAACUAUUGCCAGUGAGUUUGGCAUCUUCUGCGCUGAUAAAUGGAAGCUAUCGAUGGUGGGCACCGUCAACAAUGUAGGACAGUUUGUGGGCAUACCACUAGGCGGUUAUCUAGCCGAUAGAUAUGGGCGAAAAUUUAUAUUGGUCACCGCGGGACUCCUCAGUUCCUUUGCGGGACUGGCUCGCUCCCACGCACCAGAGUACUACAGCUUCCUGAGCCUAGAGUUCCUGGACAUGGCAGUGGGCAGCACCCUCUUUCCCACCGCUUUCCUGCUGGCCGUGGAGCUAGUGGGUCCGAAGCACCGCGUAGUGGCCGCCACCGCUAUUAGCUUAACGUACGGUCUCGCAGAGGCCUUCAUGGGUUACCUCGCCAACUACCUGCGAGACUGGCGCGUCUUCCUACGGGUGCUUUAUACACCCGCCCUCCUGCACCUGACCUUCAUCUGUCUGCUCCCUGAGAGCGUGCGAUGGCUGCUCAGCCAGUCGAAGGAGCUGGAUGCCAAGUCCACGCUGCGGAGAGUGGCGCGGGUGAACCGAAAGGACCUGUCGGAGAAGCAGCUCAGCGAUCUAAUCCGCUCAAACCGCCAACUGGUGGCGCAGUCUUCCGCUUCCGGGGGCCAAUACAGUGUCCGUCAGAUAUUCCAGGCCCUGGGCGGUCGCACCGCCCUGUGCUGCUUUGUGUGGUUCACCCACACCCUAGUCGCCUUGGGCCUGAGCCUAAACUCCGCCCAACUGAGUGGCAGCAAAUUUGAGAACUUCAGCAUGACGGGGUUCAUGCAGCUGCCUGGUAUUCUGAUGGCCACUAUACUUAUGAACUGGAUAGGACGGCGUUGGGCUCUCAGCUCCUGCCAAUUCACUUGUGCAGCCCUGCUCCUGGCUGUGGCUGCAACGGAUGAAGGGUACCCUGCGGCCUCUUCGAUACUUUAUUUCCUGGCAAAGAUGACCUCCACAGGAAGCUUUAUGAUCCUGUACUUCUUCACCUCUGAGAUCUUUCCCACGAACUGCAGGAACAGCAUGCUAUCCUUCUGCUCCAGUGUGGGUCGCUUCGGAUCCAUGCUGGCCCCCCAAACCACUCUACUGAUCGCGCACUAUCAGUAUGCUCCUCAUUUACUCUUUGCCCUAUUCGGAUUCACCUGUUCGGGGCUGGCUUUGUUCUUCCCGGAGACUACGAAUAAGGUGUUGCCCACCACGCUGGCUGAAGCACGUGCCCUUGACAAGAGUAUACCUAGGGAAAAAGUUUUGAAAAGUGCUGUAUAAACGAAAUCGAGCCAUUAUCGCAUCGACAGUAUCGGUGAUCAGAGACAUCGAAGUGUGUGGUUUUUGAUGACCAACAAACCUGCAAGUCCAGAUUGGACAAUAAACAUUUUUGAAAUUUAAGAGCACACUUAAGCUGUAGGUUGAAAUUUAUAUUUACACUGGAUUGAUGUCUGUGGUACAGUAAGCAAUAAAUUAUUUUGAAACUUUAUAUUAAAAGAA